AUGCCUCAUAUACCAGCCGAGAUGCCUCCAAUGGAGUUUAUGAGUUUUGUACAUCGCUAUCAAGCUUUGCAGAUGCAGCGGGAUAGCAGCGAUCAAUUGAUUAAGGAUUUACUAUUAUAUUGUGAAAGUAUCCAUAGCAAUCUUACACUAGAAAAUGCUCGAUUACGAAAGGAUCUCGAGGAUGCACAACUGGACCUGGUGGAUGCUACAAAGUCGAGGAGAGAUUUACAACAGCAGGUCAACAUGGCCAAUGUAAUUGUUGGACAAUCUAGCGCAGAUGUUGAGUCGAUGAAGUUUACCGACGAUUUAAUAUCCCAAGGGAUCGAUGGCGGAAAACAAGCUGCCAAUAUUUUGAAAGAUACUGUUUUACAAAACUGCAGCGGGCUCGCAGACGAAAUCGAAGUUAUAGCAAAAGUAUGCGCAAAUGUUGGAGGUUUGGCACAAGCUCUGAAGCGCGAUGGUUCUUUGGACAGCCCGGAAGACUUGCGGCAAUUUACAUUAGGGUUUACACAAGGGAAGGCUUCAUUCGAUUUUAUUGACGUCGGCCAUGGGAAGGAAAGAGCCGAUUCCAAGAUUAAGGAAUGUAUGCGAUGGCACUUACGAAACCACAAUUGCAAGCAAAUACUACUCGGAGUAUCCCACGAUGCUGGGUAUGCUCCGUUCAUUGAGGACGUUGUAACCGCGGAAGAUAAGGAUCGUAUUACUAUCGUUGAGGGACCUCCAACUGUUCGCGAACUCAAAGCCACGGGCCUUCCAACGAUAAAUUUCAGCAACAUAUUCCGUAAAGAAAAACUUAUCUCCAGGCCAGCUGCACCUCCAGCUUCGACCUCCUGGGCCGGCAUCACCGUCGCUGCACCUCCGCCAAGUGUCUCUCCCGUAAUGGCCAUCAAAAGCGGCGGAGCCUUGACAGGAAUAGCUAAGAAGCCAGCUUCAAAACCUGUUUGGGUACCAGGACCCCGUGGUCUUGAUGCCCCGAUUAUCGUAAAUGCCGCUGUCUUGGAAAGUGUUAAACGCCGAACAAUAAACAAUAAAUUAUGCAACAACCAUUAUCUCCGAGGACCUUGUGCUAAGGGCGACGAUUGUGUCUUCGAACAUAGGCACAAGCCUAGUGAUGAGGAGCUGAAAGCGAUAGCCCAUCUGUCAAGAUUGAAUCCUUGUACGAAUGGCCAAGACUGCGAGUCGGAAUACUGUAUUUAUGGACAUCACUGCCCGAGUGUUGUGAUGGUGGUUAGUUCGAAUGGCAAGGACCAUGAGCCUGUUUGUCAAGCUUUUGGCUGUCGGUUUAGUAAAGACGAUCAUCCAGAAGGAACUGUCAUCAAGCAUCCCAGGAAAGAAAGGUGGGAGAAAGAAUAUGAAAGAUAUUAG